AUUAACUAAGGAAUGACAAAAUAAUCUGCCUCCUUUCCAUGGAAGAAGAGGAUUUGGAAAUGCUAAAGUAGUUGCCCUGCACCUGGUGAUGAACAAAAUAAGAGGAAUUCAGAAGACACUCAACUUUCAACCACUCAGACACUCAACCAGUUUUGAACUCUUCAAAUCUGGACAAAUAAUUUAAUUCAACAGCAAUUAUAAUGAAUACACAGAGGGCAGAGGAGACAUAUAGAAAACUUUCAGAAAAUGAAGAGUUCACUGACAAUGGUGAGACAAGCUUGGAUACAAAAGACAACAUCUACAUGAUACUAAAUACUGGCAAGUCUCAGCAUACAGGCCGCGCAUGGAGUAUACUGAGAGCACUGGUAGUAGUCUUGGGUCUGCUGUGUGUUCUUCUGCUAAUCGGCAUCAUUGUGCUUUCGACCAAGAAGACGGGAGACACAACCACCAUGCUGCCCACAAACGGUGGCCAAAAUAUGCAGGACCAGAAGUUUUGCUUCCCCAAGCAUACUAAAACAUCUUAUGUCAAGAUAACACCUGACUAUGAGGACCCCCUCACACAUGUAACUUUGUGCAUGAGGUACUUCACAAAACUUUCUCUAAAAGAGCAAUCUCUGUUCUCUCUCUCAACGUCUGACUACCAGAAUGCUGUCUUGCUGUUCAUUGAAAGGACUGGCAAGUUUUCAUUUUCCAUUAAUAAUGAUAUCACACGUACACGCCACGCAAGCCCGCCUAAUCGGUGGAACUCAGUCUGUGCCAGCUGGAGCACCUGUGGGGAGACCUAUUUAUGGCUGAAUGGAGAAAUGUUUAGUAUCAGACAUCUCGCCUCAGGCAAGGGCAUACCGACGGAACCUAUAGUGAUGUUAGGUCAGGAGCAAGAUACUUAUGGCGGCCACUUUGAUAUCACACAGUGCUUUGUGGGAGAGAUCAGUGAUGUUUACCUUUGGGGAUACGGAAGGGCAACUUCUCUGGUCACACAAUUCAUGCAGAUGCAGCCGUCAACAAAUCUUCAUAUCAUUGAUGAUUUGAUCAACUGGAGAGCGUUUAACUACACCCUGUCUGGAAACGUCUCUGCGAUGUCCAUCACAAGUGUGUGCAUUGAUUAAUGGGUCAUCAGUAAAUCAGUCCACUGCAAAUUUGAUGAGCAUAUUUUAAACAUAAUGAGUACAACUUAAUUAUUAAUGUUUUAAGUCAACUGAACUGAUGGUGUGGAACUCCAAAGGACCAGCUAUUUGAUAGAAGGUGAUAUAUCCAAUAUGGGCCAUUCUACCGAAUUGGUGCAAAGUCAGGUUGGAAAUAUUUUGAAAAGUUGUAUGUUUUAUUCCCAAAACUUUGUCCGUUUGUAUAUUGAACCAUAUCUAAAGCACACAUU